GACGUCGGAACCCACUGUCAACAUCCCCCAUGAUCUCCAUAAAUACUCCCAUCUUCAUUCUUGUGUUCAUUCCCUUCAUUUUCUUCUAUUUUAUGAUUUUAUCUCUAACAUAAAAAAAUAAAAAAAUAUGACUCAAGAACAUCAUACCACUCAUCCACCCAAAAACCAGUCCUUAGGGAUCUCGUCGUCUUCGUCUCCCGUCCAUCUGAAGUUCAUUGACAUCUGUUAUAGAGUGAAGAUUGAAAAUAAUGGUGGAAACAACUUGAUUGGGAGCAUAUUGGGCGGAAGUGAAACCUCGACUAGUGACGAUUGCAGUAGGAUCCAAGAACGUAGCAUCUUGGAGGGGAUCACUGGAAUGGUACACCCUGGUGAACUCCUGGCCGUCUUGGGCCCGUCGGGGAGCGGGAAGUCCACCCUCCUGAACGCGCUUGGGGGGAGGCUACAUGGACACCAGUUCACCGGAACAGUACUUGCCAACGGUCGUAAAUUGUCGAAAACAGUACUCCGACGAACUGGGUUUGUCACCCAGGACGACGUACUGUACCCCCACCUCACUGUCCGGGAAACUUUAAUCUUCUGCGCCCUUCUCCGUCUUCCGCAGAGCCUCACCCGGGGGGAGAAAACGGAGGUGGCGGAUUCCGUGAUCGCAGAGCUGGGUUUGUCGAAAUGCGAGAAUACCAUCAUAGGUAAUACGUUUAUCCGUGGGGUCUCCGGCGGGGAACGUAAGCGCGUGAGCAUCGCACAUGAGAUGUUGGUAAAUCCGAGCUUAUUGAUACUAGACGAACCGACGUCAGGUCUGGACUCGACGGCGGCGCACAGGCUGGUGUCCACCCUAGCUGGGUUGGCACACCAGAAGGGAAAGACGGUUGUUACGUCGGUGCACCAGCCGUCGAGCAGGGUGUUCCAGAUGUUUGAUACUGUGCUGGUUUUGUCGGAAGGAAGGUGCAUUUACUUUGGGAAAGCGUCGGAGGCCAUGAGUUACUUUGAGUCGGUUGAUUUCCGGCCAUCUUUUCCGAUGAAUCCAGCUGAUUUUCUGCUUGAUCUUGCAAACGGUGUAUGGCAACAAGACGGGGCAGAACGGCAAAACAUAAGACAAAGUUUGGUAGUCGCGUACAAUGAUAUGCUUUCAUCGAAAGUGAAGGAUGCGUGCUUGUGUUUUGAUACGCAAGCCUUAAUGAAAGAGCACAUGUGUUCCCCCGUUGAUAAUGAGUACUACAAUACAAAGUCUAAAUGUGUGAAGGGUCUCAACACCUGGUUUAUACAGUUCACCAUUCUCAUCCAAAGAAGCCUUAAGGAAAGAAAGCAUGAAACAUUUAAUCCACUUCGAGUCUUCCAAGUAAUCGCAGCCUCAUUAUUGGCUGGUUUCAUGUGGUGGCAUUCAGAUUUUCGGGACAUCCAAGAUCGACUCGGUCUCUUAUUCUUUUUUUCAAUCUUUUGGGGUGUCUUUCCGUCAUUCAAUGCAGUGUUUGCAUUCCCACAAGACAGAGCCAUGUUCAUGAAAGAAAGAGCAUCUGGUAUGUACACACUCUCCUCCUAUUUCAUGGCCAGAAUAGUCGGAGAUGCACCCAUGGAACUUAUUUUGCCUACUAUAUUCAUAUCUAUCACCUACUGGAUGUGUGGUCUAAAACCCGACUUUGUUGCAUUUCUCCUCACUUUGUUAAUCUUGCUAGCAUAUGUGCUUGUUUCUCAAGGACUUGGUUUUGCAGUUGGUGCAAUCAUAAUGGAUGCUAAACAAGGCUCAACUGUAGUAACUGUUACCAUGUUGGCAUUCGUUUUAACAGGAGGUUACUAUGUGCAUAAAGUACCUGGUUUCAUGGCAUGGAUGAAAUACAUCUCUUCAACCUUUUAUGGUUACAGGCUAUUGAUCCAUGUUCAAUAUGGGCAGGGACGAGAAAUAUGGUAUAUGUUGGGUUGUUUUCAAUAUGGCAGUAAACAUGCAAGUUGCAGGUUCAUUGAAGACGAUAUCCAAGGUCAAAUUUCCACUUUUUCAUGCAUGGGGAUUUUGGUAAUUAUGUUCUUUGGUUAUAGAUUAUUGGCUUACCUUGCACUCAGGCGAAUCAAGGCGUGACAUGUCCUUUCUUACAGUAACAAUUGUUUUCUGAUGGCCAAUAUGGCUUAACAGUAGUAUGUACGUAGGAACCGCACCUGAUGUUGUGGUUAACAUAUUCAAGGAAGCAUACUUGAAUAAAUGUAAAGAAUCACAUCUCUUUUUCACUUUCUUUCUUUGAUGAUUACAGAAAGAAAUUAUUUUUUUUGGUAUUA